GAUGGAGUUUGUGCGGGCGCUGUGGCUCGUCCUGGCGCUGGCUCUGGGACCCGGGCCCGCCGGGAGCCACCCGCAGCCGUGCGGCGUCCUGGCGCGUCUGGGGGGCUCGGUGCGCCUGGGCGCCCUGCUGCCCCGCGCACCCGCAGCCCGCGCCCGCGCCCGCGCCGCCCUGGCCCGGGCCGCCCUGGCGCCGCGGCUGCCGCACAACCUGAGCCUGGAGCUGGUGGCCGCCGUGCCCCCCGCCCGCGACCCUGCCUCGCUGGCCCGCGGCCUGUGCCAGGCGCUGGCGGCGCCGGGCGUGGCAGCCGUGCUCGCCUUCCCCGAGGCGCGGCCCGAGCUGCUGCAGCUGCAUUUCCUGGCGGCUGCCACCGAGACCCCGGUGCUUAGCGUGCUGCGGCGGGAGGCGCGCUCGCCCCUCGGCGCCCCGAAUCCGUUUCACCUGCAGCUGGACUGGGCCAGCCCCCUGGAGACGCUGCUUGACGUGCUGGUGUCUGUGCUGCGGGCGCACACCUGGGAGGACGUUGGCCUGGUGCUCUGCCGCAUGCGGAACCCCAGCAGCCUGGUGGCCCUCUGGACAAGCCGGGCAGGCCGGGACCCGACGUUGGUGCUGGACCUAAGCCGGCCGGACCCGGGCGAUAGUGGAGGGCUGCAGGCACGCCUGGCCCCACUGGGUGUGUCGGCGCGGGGCACAGCCCCGGUACCCAUCGCAGUACUCCUGGGCUGUGACGCCACCCGGGCCUGUCAGGUGCUGCAGGUCGCGCCCCCCAGGCCCCGCUGGCUGCUGGGCACGCCACUGCCCGCCAAGGCCCUGCCCACCGAGGGCCUGCCGCCUGGGCUGCUGGCACUGGGCGAGGUGGCUCGGCCCCCACUGGAGGCUGCCAUCCACGACGCGGUGGAACUAGUGGCCCGGGCGCUGGGCAAUGCAGCCCGUGUGCGGCCGGAGCGUGCCCUCCUCCCCACCAUGGUCAACUGCAAUGACCUGCAGCCGGCCGAGCCUGAGUCCUCAGGUCGCUUCUUGGCACGGUUCCUAGCCAACACGUCCUUCUGGGGCCGCACGGGGCCGGUGUGGGUGACCAGCUUCUCACAGGUGCACAUCUCCCGGCACUUCCGGGUGUGGAGCCUUCACCAGGAUCCGCUGGGCGCCCCGGCCUGGGCCACAGUGGGCAGCUGGCAGGAUGGGCGGCUGGAGCUGGAGCCAAGGGGCGCAGCUGCGCGGCCCCCACCCCUGCCCGGCUCCCGGGCGCGGCCCAAGCUGCGCGUGGUGACGCUGGUGGAGCACCCGUUCGUGUUCACCCGUGAGACGGACGAGGACGGGCAGUGCCCGGCGGGGCAGCUGUGCUUGGCCCCUGGCACCAACGACUCGGCCGCCCUGGAUGCGCUGUUCACCGCGCUGGCCAAUGGCUCGGUGCCCCGCGCCCUGCGCAGGUGCUGCUAUGGCUACUGCAUUGACCUGCUGGAGCGCCUGGCGGAGGACACGCCCUUCGACUUCCAGCUGUACAUCGUGGGCGACGGCAAGUACGGGGCGCUGCGGGACGGCCGCUGGACCGGGCUGGUGGGCGACCUGCUGGCCGGCCGGGCCCACAUGGCGGUCACCAGCUUCAGCAUCAACUCGGCGCGCUCGCAGGUGGUGGACUUCAGCAGCCCCUUCUUCUCCACCAGCCUGGGCAUCGUGGUGCGCGCGCGGGACACGGCCGCGCCCAUUGGCGCCUUCAUGUGGCCGCUGCACUGGUCCAUGUGGCUGGGCGUCUUCGCUGCCCUGCACCUCACCGCGCUCUUCCUCACUCUCUAUGAGUGGCGCAGCCCCUACGGCCUCACACCCCGAGACCGGAACCGGGGCACCGUGUUCUCCUACUCCUCCGCCCUCAGCCUCUGCUACGCCAUCCUUUUUGGACGCACGGCAUUCAGCAAGACGCCCAAGUGCCCCACGGGCCGCCUCCUCAUGAACCUGUGGGCCAUCUUCUGUCUGCUUGUGCUGUCCAGCUACACCGCCAACCUGGCUGCCGUCAUAGUCGGGGACAAGACGUUCGAGGAGCUGUCAGGCAUCCACGACCCCAAGCUGCACCACCCGGCCCAGGGCUUCCGCUUCGGCACCGUGUGGGAGAGCAGCGCCGAGGCCUACAUCAAGAAGAGCUUCCCAGAGAUGCACGCGCACAUGCGGCGCCACAGCGCGCCCACCACGCCGCAGGGCGUCGCCAUGCUCAAGAGCGACCCCCCCAGGCUCAACGCCUUCAUCAUGGACAAGGCGCUCCUGGAUUACGAGGUGUCCAUCGACGCCGACUGUAGGCUGCUGACCGUGGGCAAGCCUUUCGCCAUCGAGGGCUAUGGCAUUGGACUCCCCCAGAAUUCGCCGCUCACCUCCAACCUGUCAGAGUUCAUCAGCCGCUACAAGUCCUCGGGCUUCAUUGACCUGCUGCAUGACAAGUGGUACAAGAUGGUGCCUUGUGGGAAGCGGCUCUUCGCCGUUACAGAGACCCUCCAGAUGGGCAUCCACCACUUCUCAGGGCUCUUUGUGCUGCUUUGCCUGGGCCUGGGCAGUGCUCUGCUCAGCUCGCUAGGCGAGCACGUCUUCUACCACCUGGCGCUGCCCCGCAUCCGCAGGGGCAACAGGCUGCAGUACUGGCUGCACACCAGCCAGAGAAUCCAUCGCGCCCUCAACGCUGAGCCGCCCAAGGAAGAGGAGCCAGAGCCCGAGCCAAGGGACCCUGAGGAGACUCGGCGGGACAUGCUGGCUGCCCCCGCGGGCCCGGGAAGCUGGACACGGGUGCACCAGGUUGUGGCAAGGGAGCGUCACGUGCGCUUCCUGCUGGAGCCAGUCGUGGCUGCUGACCCACCAGACGUGGAUGUGGAUGAGGCCAGGCCGCCUGGGGACCCCAUCCGGCUCUGCCCCAACGGCCGCCUGCCCACUGAGCUGACCUCGGAAGGCCCGCAUCCUGGGGAGCUGGAGGAGCUGGAGGAGCUGGAGGAGCUGGAGCGACACAUCGAGGGUGCACGCGAGCGGCUCCGCCAAGCACUGGUGCGGCACAGAGAGCUCCUUGCCCAGCUCGGGGACAGCGCCGGCGAGCAGCCCUGCCACCCGCUCCAGGCCUGUGUAGAAUCAAGUGGGGCUGCCCAGUGAGGGUGAGGAGGGACCCGGAGCUCAGUUCCAGUGGCUCCACCUGCUCCGAGGGGCCCCCACCCACUGGAAGGUGGGCCCCCUCCCCGCAGCCCCGCCACACAGACGCUGGCCUAGACAAUGUCAACAGACAGUUUAUUCUAUAUACAAACACCGUUUUGUACACUGCAAUUAAAUAGAGUGGAAUGGG